UACAUUGGCUAUUCUCGUCAUUUUCUUUUCUUCUACGUGUCCAUACAAUUUAUUUAUUCAGUUUAUUUAAAUAAAUAAUGUGUAAAUGGUAGCUUAUUAUAUUUUUCAUACAUACUCAAAUUGGCUAUUACAGUUCCUACUUUUGUUUGAUACAAAUUUAAGCAGAAAAUAGAAAAAAAAAUUAGGGGGGGAAUGGUAGACUGAUCUAAAUGGAAGUGAAUAUUCGGUGUUUCUCUUGUACUGAGAACUUCAAGUUCUCUAGUCUGUCUCAUCCAUUGAAUGUAUUUUUUGGUCUCCCCAAGAAAGUAACUAACAGGAAAUAAAACAUUCUUGAAUAUUUUUUCUAGGGAAAGAAAUCAAAGAGAAAGAUUGUAAACUUUAUUUUCUGAGAUAUUGGAUAUGGGUGGGAUCAAAAUCUAAUCUUAUUUAACUCGGAUCACUGUUACAUCAUCUCUCAGUACAGUGUUUUCUUCAUGUCUGAAGCAAACGAGAGAAGUAGAGAAAUGAGUAGAAGUAUGUUCCCAAGAGAUCUGCUUCAGAGAUAUACCCCUAUCUCAGCUAAAGUUGUAAAUGGUAAAGAAGUAGACGAGGAGAUUGAGUUGGAUCUUAGUUUAUCUCUUGGCGGGAGGUUCGGAGUUGACAAAAGCAAGCUCGCGAGAUCUUCCUCUGUCGUGGGCCCCACGAUGCCUUUUCCCCGGGAGAAUCAUCAGCCAGAGACAGAGAUGAGGCCUGUCGAGACAUCCGUGGCGGGACAUAUGGGUUUGCCGAGAACGACGUCGUUGCUGGUGGAGACGGAGGAAGAGUGGCGGAAGAGGAAGGAGAUGGAGAGUUUAAGGAGAAUGGAGGCCAGGAGAAGGAGAAGCGAGAAGCUUCGUGGCAGAGGCAGCGGCGGAGGGAACAUCAUCAAACCAACCGAAGCUAAUAAUGAUAGUGUUCCGGGAGAAGGUUCCACCACUACGAGGCGGCGAGGUAGGCCGCGGUCGGUACUGCCACGGUGGUCAGGGACGGCUAACGAAGCAUCUAGCGAAGAAGCAAGAAGCUUACCGUCGCCACAGCAACAACAUCAACAGGGAGCAAUGGCAAUGCCGAAUAAUGGGCUAAGAAGAUUGAGUUCAGUGGACAUGAGGAUAGAGCCGCCACCACAAGGGAACGGUAAAAAAGAGAUGCCAUGUGUGUUCACCAGGGGAGAUGGACCUAACGGGAAGAGAGUUGAUGGGAUUCUUUAUCGAUACGGUAAUGGAGAAGAAGUGAAGAUCAUGUGUGUCUGCCAUGGUGAUAUCUUGUCUCCUGCUGACUUCGUUAAACAUGCUGGUGGUCCUCAUGUUGAUCAUCCUCUUAGGCACAUUAUUGUCAACACUUCUUCUCUUUCUAAUCUCUUUUAGAAACCCCCUAACUCUUCAUUUGAUCCCUUUUAUUUUUAAGGCCAGAUUUUAGAGAAGAAGAUGCUUAAGAGUUUUAGUUCAGACAACAUAUAUAUAUGCUUUGUCUGAUUCUUGUAAUUUCUCAAUUUUAUAUUUGUAUUUUUACUGCUUUAUACAGAG